CGAUCAGUCCAUUUUAAAACAAACAUUCCCUUUAAAUCCUAAUCUACACAUUCUUUUUCCCCCAUCAAUUUUAUUAAAUUAAAGUCACCACCACCAUAUCAAACCUUUAGUACCUUUUUACCACUUGCCACUACGAUAAACCACAAUAAUAAUAAUUAUAAUAAUAAUAAUUAUAAAAAUAAAUUAAUAUUUUUCUAUCUCCAUAAAAAGAUUUAAAGUUAUAUUUAUUUAUUUAUUUAUUCGUUUAUUUUGUUUGUUUUCUUUUCCCUUUUGCCAUUUAAAUUAUAGUAUGAUUUAUUUCGAAGCUAAUAUAACUACAACAAUUCCAACUUCUCCAAGCAUGUAUUCAAAUAGCAACAACAAUAAUCAACAAUACUUAGGUGAUUACUCAUAUCAUCAACAACAAGCACAAGCACAACAACAACAACAGCAACAACAACAAAUUCCUUCUGUACCUGGUGCAAAUGCCGCCCCUCCAACCACAAAUACAACUACUUCGAUUCAACAACAACUGCCUCGAGAUCAACUAGUACAACCAAGCACCAGUCAACAACAAUCUCAUACUAUCUUACCACCUCCGGCUACCGGUUCAACUACAGCCACCUCUGGUACUGCUACUGUUGCUACCGGAGCUACAUCUGCUGGAUCGUAUCAUUAUCAACCAACUACAAGUGGAUCAAGUUCCAUAAGUGGUACUAUACAAACCAAUCCAAACAUUACUAAUAAAUUUUCGGCUCAAGAUGUUCAAAUAUUAAAACAAUUAUUAGUAGCUGGUGAAAAACAUAAAUGGAAACAAAUCACUAAAGAAAUUAAUCAAUCAUCAUCUCAAAAUAUUGCUAUUUCUCAAAAUCAUCAACAUCAACAAGAAAUUGAUCCUCAAUAUGCAACUCAAUCUCCAAAACCUCAAGCUAAGAAUGUAUCUCCAACUUUUGUUAUAAAACAAUAUCAAACUCUUUUAGGAUUACCUAAUAAUUCUCUUUAUUUCGGUACUCUUGGAAGUUCUUUGCCUUAUGUUACUGCUCCAAAUGGUUGGGAAGAAAUUGUUGAUCAAGGAUAUCAUAAUUUCGGUACUGAUGAUAUUGAAUAGAAAAAAAAAGAAUAGUCCAAAAGAAUACUAUUACAAAGAAAAUGAAUGCUAAGGAAAGAUUAUUGACAAUAGAAUAACUGGACAUUUUCACUCUGUUGUCGUUUAUGGAUUGUUUUUUUAUUUUUGUGUUGGGGAGUUAUGUCUGUAAUAAUAACUAUGUUAAUCUGUUUGUUAAUUGUUUGAUUUGAUUUGGGGGUGAGUUUCAAUUGCUCCCGGUGUCGUUUGGUUAAGCUUGUUAAUCAAUGUCACAAAUAUUA